CCAAUAAGCUCAGUGUAGUAAGUGUAAGUGUAACUGAGACUUGAGAGAGAGUGCUAUAGUUGUCAUCCUUGGUAAUAACAUAGUAUUAAGAAGCAAAUGGAGAUGGAUCAGAACAAGAUACAGCAACCAGAUUGUGAGAAAUGGGUGUACGAUUCUUCCAUUGAUUACAAAGGAAGAGUUCCUCUCAGAGCUUCCACUGGUGCAUGGAAGGCUGCCCUUUUCAUUAUAGCAACGGAGUUCAGCGAGAGGUUGAGUUAUUUUGGACUGGCGGUAAAUUUGAUCAUAUACCUCACCAAAGUGCUCCAUCAAGACCUGAAAACAGCAGCUAAGUGUGUUAACUACUGGUCGGGGGUGACCACGAUGAUGCCCUUACUUGGAGGAUUUUUAGCUGAUGCUUACAUUGGCCGAUUCUCCACCGUUCUAGCUUCCUCCAUUGUUUACCUCCUGGGGUUGCUUCUCUUGACAAUGUCCAGAGUGAUCCCAGCCUUGAAACCUUGUGAUGACGGGAUCUGCCAAGAACCUCGAAGGAUCCAUGAAAUUCUCUUCUUUCUUGCACUGUACUUGAUCUCAAUAGGUACAGGUGGGCAUAAGCCUGCUCUGGAGAGCUUUGGAGCUGACCAGUUUGAUGAUGAUCAUCAGGAAGAAAGAAAAAAGAAGAUGUCCUUUUUCAAUUGGUGGUGUUUCGGGCUUUGUUGUGGUCUGUUGCUUGGUGUAACUGUAAUCAUUUACAUCCAGGACAACGUUGGCUGGGCUGCAGCAGAUAUCAUCCUUACAGCAGUGAUGGCUUCCGCUGUGGUGAUAUUUUGCAUGGGAAGGCCAUUUUAUCGUUUUAGGAAGCCAAUGGGAAGUCCCGUUACACCAUUGUUACAGGUUCUUGUGGCAGCAAUUGUAAAGAGAAAUCUUCCGUAUCCAUCAGAACCCGAUCAACUGCAUGAGAUUUCAAAAUCGGACAAGACUCAGGGGACAAGGCUCCUUGUCCACACCAAGAAGCUCAAGUUUCUUGACAAAGCUGCAAUUAUUGAAGACAGACAGAGUUCAGCAGAGAAGCAAAAUCCAUGGAGAUUGGCAACUGUAACACAAGUGGAGGAGAUGAAGCUUAUUGUGAACAUGAUUCCAAUCUGGCUUACAACUUUACCAUUUGGUGUUUGUGUUGCACAAUCCUCCACAUUCUUUAUCAAACAAAGCACAACACUGAACCGCAAAAUCACUCAGGAUUUCACAAUCCCACCCGCCUCCAUAUACGCCCUGGCAGCCAUUGGGUUGGUAGUUUUUAUAGCAAUAUACGAUAGAGUCCUUGUGCCCUCCCUCAGAAGAGUUACUGGGAAUGACAGAGGCAUUGGGAUUCUCCAAAGAAUUGGUAUUGGGAUGAUUUUCUCAGUUUUAACGAUGAUAACAGCUGCAUUGGUCGAGAGAAAGAGACUGCAUGUCGUGGAAAAAGAUCCACUCAAGAGUUCGGUAUCAAUGAGUGUAUUUUGGCUGGCACCGCAGUAUCUUAUUAUUGCAAUAGCUGAUAGUUUCACGCUCGUGGGAUUGCAAGAGUACUUUUAUGAUCAAGUUCCUGAUUCCAUGAGAAGCUUAGGCAUAGCAUUUUACCUUAGUGUUAUUGGAGCAUCAAGCUUUCUUAGCAGCUUUCUGAUAACUUUAGUUGAUCACCUGACAGAGAAGGGCGGCAAGAGUUGGUUUGGCAAGGAUUUAAAUAGCAGUCGGCUCGACUAUUUCUACUCGUUGUUAGCAGCCAUCACUGCUAUGAACCUAUUUGUCUACACCUUUGUUGCAAGGAGAUAUUCUUACAAGAAUGUAAGAAGAACAACAGUGGCUGUUGCUGAUUGUUAUGAAGAGAGUGGCACAAAAACAAUGGCUUGAACUAUAUAGUAUAUGUAAGUAAACCAAGUUUUAUCUACUUAUUCGGAAGCUUGUAGUAUCUAACAAAGUAUGUAUGUAUAGAUGGACUCAGAUGGACUAUUAGACAUUUGA